GUACACACACACACUCUCUCUCUCUCAAACACCUCCUACUCCGACUCCUACUCCUCCUCCUUCUUCAUCAUCAUCAUCAUGUAUAUAUAUAUAUAGUCUCACAUGGCUUUAUACAUAGUUAAGAGCGAAGGUUUUGAAUCAAAAGAGGAUAUGGGGUUGUUGAUCAUCAUCAUUAGCUUGAUGGGUGUUGUUUGGUUUUGGUACAAAAUGAAGAAGAUGAUGAGAAAAGAAGAUAGAGGAACCAACAAGAGUGGUGGCAGUGGCGGCGGCGGCGGCGGUGUAGUGCCAAAAGGGAACUUGGGUUGGCCUUUCAUUGGUGAAACCCUUCAUUUCAUUGCUUCUGGUUAUAGUUCUCAACCGGUCAGUUUCAUGGACAAACGCAAGCUUUUGCAUGGGAAGGUAUUCAAAACACAUUUAUUGGGAACACCCAUCAUUGUUUCCACAGAUCCCGACGUAAACAAGGUGGUGUUGCAGAACCAUGGCAACACCUUCAUCCCUGCUUACCCUAAAUCCAUUACUGAGUUACUUGGUGAACACUCCAUCCUUCAAGUGAAUGGUAAUCUUCAAAAACGACUCCAUGCACUGAUUGCAGGUUUCUUAAGAUCCCCACAGUUUAAAACCCGUAUCACAGCUCACAUCGAAAGCUCAGUGGUGUCAACACUGGGAUCUUGGCAACACAUGCAGGUGUUACUUGUUCAAGAAGAAACCAAAAAGAUAACAUUCGAGGUCUUGGUGAAAGUGUUGAUGGGUGUCGGUCCGGGUGAAGAUUUGGAGUUUUUGAGGAGUGAAUUUGAGGAAUUCAUCAAAGGGUUGAUUUGCUUACCUAUCAAAUUGCCAGGGACUAGACUGUAUAAAUCUCUCAAGGCGAAAGAAAGGUUACUGAAAGUGGUGAAAAAGAUGGUGGAAGAGAGGAAAUUAGCUAUGGAGGAAGAAACAGACGAAAAGGGUAUGGCCAAGGAUGCAGUUGACGUGCUGUUACGUGACAGCAGUGAAGAACCAUCAAGUGAUCAGAUCAAGCAAUCCCUGCCGUUGGAUUUCAUCAGUGGGAACAUUAUAGAGAUGAUGAUCCCUGGUGAAGAGACUGUUCCAAUGGCUAUGACCUUAGCUGUCAAAUUCCUCAGUGGCUGCCCUGUUGCUCUACAGCAGUUGAUGGAGGAGAACAUGGAAUUAAAAAAGCAAAAGAAGGAAUCUGGUGAAGAUUAUAGUUGGACUGACUACUUGUCUUUGCCUUUCACUCAAAAUGUUAUAAGUGAAACUCUUAGAAUGGCAAAUAUCAUCAAUGGAGUUUGGAGGAAAGCACUCAAGGAUAUAGAUAUUAAAGGUUAUUUAAUACCAAAGGGAUGGUGUGUGUUGACCUCUUUUAUUUCAGUUCAUAUGGAUGAGGAAAAUUACAGAAACCCAUAUCUUUUUGAACCAUGGAGAUGGGAGAAAAUUGGAGCUGCUGCUAAUAACAAUAGUUUUACACCAUUUGGAGGUGGCCAAAGGCUUUGCCCUGGUUUAGAACUAUCAAGGCUUGAAGUUUCAAUUUUCCUUCACCAUCUUGUCACCACUUACAGAUGGGUUGCACAAGAGGAUGAAAUUAUCUACUUUCCAACAGUUAAGAUGAAGAAGAAGCUACCAAUCAAGGUCACCCCUUUAUGCAACUACCAAUAGUUUUGGCCCAUCCCCAUGAAAACACCAUAUACAUGAAUAUCUCUUAUAUAUAUAUAUAGUCUCAAUUGGAUAGAUAUGACCAAACACAAACUUUGGAAGUUUUAUCCCCACACCAAAAAGGAGCUAUUGGGAAUGGGAAUUUGUACAACUACAUAUCUAAGCAAUGAUCUUUUAGAAAGGUGGUGGGAUGGGACUCUUUGUGUGUUAUGGUGUUAGUUCUUAUGUCACCAUCCCUUUUUUCUAAUUGCACUGUAGGUCCUUUUUGAGGACCCAUUUUUUUGGUCCUUCAAUAUUGAAUGCAAAGUGGGGAUCAUAUAGUCUACCCCCACCCCCCCCCCCCAUUUGCUUGAGGGGAUCAUAUUUGUCU